UUUUUAAAAUCCUUAAACUCGCAACUCUCAAAACUUUCCUUCUGCGAAUCGUUCGGCAUAAGGAAAACGAAGGGUCUCUCGACUGACGCAUUUCACAUUCCGCAUUCCAAUGACCUCUUCUUUCGCCUACGUGUGUAAUUAUCAUACUGUCUGGCAAACUACCACUGCGUUCCAACGCCGAAACGGGAUUUCCUACAUGACAUCAGGUAGCUUUAUCUGCCAACAAGUCGCUGGAUAUGGUUUCCAUAACAUAUAUACGAUAAACGCGAUUCCAUGAAUUCUUAUCAUUGACUAAAAAUGGUUAUCAGUGAAGUGAGAAAGUAAAAGCCGUUCUUCAGCCAACUUUUACGAUGGAUAAAAAACAUUCCACAAAUUACGAUGAUCGUAUUAAAUUCGUGAUUGCUCUAAUGAAAAAAGAUUAUACAACAGCUUAUGAUAUUGGGAAUCAAUUGUUAAAGCACAAUCAGAACGAUGUAGAUCUUAUUAAAGGUCUCAAAAUUUUAAAGCAGUUAAAUCAACGUGAGAUAGAAAAAUGUAAAAGGUCGUGUUCGAUUGGCAGUCCAAUUGAAUCUGACAACGAAGGUGAAGAUAGUGUCGCUGCUGAUGGCGACGAUUUUGAUUUUAUAGCCGACAGUAAGGAUAUUCGUAUUGAUCCAGGAGUAAGAAAUAAAACUGCGCCGUCCGAGACGCCUCAAUCGAAUAAUAACGAAAAGCCCAAUAUUAUUUUUAAAGAUAAAAUGCACAGAGCAAUAUUGAUAAAACUAGACAAAAAUAAAUCAAAAACAGCUGCAUGAAUAAAAUUUUACAAGUCUUCGAAUCAACAGUACGUCUGCAAGUAAGAUACACUUAGAACGCAAAUAAAAC